CGUCUUGAAUUGAACAAUUCCACCUGAGUUUAAUCGAUCAUUUUACAUUAUUUUUUCAACCUUUUAAAUUUAGAUUACGGCCGUAAAUUUACGUUUCAUAAUCAUAAUCAAGAAAAAGACAAACUAUGAUAUGGUGGAAUCUGAAGAAAACCCACAAUUAUUUGAUGCCGCUCUUUGAAUAUUUUAUUAAUUUGCCCACCGUAUGUUUGUAAAAUUGUUGAAGUAAAAAAGAAAAAAAAGAGAGACUAUUCUGAAUUCGCACCUGUGCGGUAGAAUAUUAGUAGAUUGGACUUGUCAGGUUGAGUAAACCGUGUAUGCUCGGCUGGUCUCAAGUGUAAAAUGGAAAGAGUCUGGGUACAACUGUCAACUGAUUGCUGAUAAAGGGGUCAUAUUUUCGGCUGAUCACAAGAUGAAAGCUUGGCUUGUUAUUUACUCUAGAGGCAAAGCUUUUCGUGUUUCAUAUGCAAAUUGUUGGAGCAACGAUUCCUCAUAGUUCAAGUUUUGAUCAGCAGACUUUGAGGUCAAAUUGGGAUCAGACAAUUCCUAGGAGUGGAGGGAAAGGCAUUUCGUGGUGAUGGAAGACUUGUAUAGGAAUUCAAGCGAGGAGAUCUUCCUGAAAUAUUUCAUGGAAAGCUCAAAUGGAGUCCCAGCACCAAGCAUGGAGAUGUUGGGAUUUAAGAACCUUUCUCAGAGCUUUCGACAUGCAGAUAGUGAGGAGCUCUUCAAAUGUUGGCUCACAAACGGAGAGAACAAUGCCAACAACUCAUCAAGCAUCACACAUCGUACUCGGCAAGCAUCAAGGAGGAUAUCCACCGAACUUGCCAGUAUUUCUAGUCAGCAACAUGUGGGUAUACUACAAAAGAAAAGAAGCAACGAUAAUUUACAUCCACAGAGUAAUUCUAUGGCAGAUAAUAUCUCUGGAGACCUCCAUCAACAAUCAAUUAGUUUUGUCAGGAAUUCUGUUGAAAAGGGAUUGCAAACUACAGAUUUAUAUUUGGCCAAGGCAUGGUUUCAUAGUUCUCAACCUAUGACAAGAAGCCGAUCUUCCGAGUUGCGGAAGAGGUAUGCUGCCAUGCAGAGUGCUCAAACAACAAUGGGUACGGAAGUUAUGCAGAAUGCUUCUGGGCAUAGCAUCAAUACAUUGAAACAAGAAUUUUCCAAUUCAAAUUGUUUCAAUGACUUUUCGACGUGUGAGAUUCCCAACCAAGUGGGCAGAUUCAUGUCUCCUUCAAAUUCAUCCUCAUCGACUUUCACCACCCCCCGAAUGGCUGAUAUAGAUAAAGUUUCUUCCGUUGUGAGUAUGCUGAAGGGCACGCUAGAACGCAAGAAGCUUAGCAACCAGAUUGAAAAAGAAGCUGUUAUGGAUAGCUCUAAUGGGAUUUAUCAUGGUCGUGACAUUGUUGUGAACAGUAGCUUCGAUCAAGGGCAAAACAAUCAUUUAAAUGAAAUACCAAGAACUUUUCAAGAAGCAUCCCAUGUCCAAGUUAAGGAUUCUAGGAUUUUACUUGCAGUUGAAGAAUCCAUAGACCUUGACAUGGAUGGUUUUGUAAAUCCCACAAACCAAAUGCAGCUGAGUAGAGCUUCUCAAGAACCUUCCCAAAGUGAAUCUUCUGCUGCUGCACCAGUAGUUUCAUCUGGUUUAGAUGCAUGUGAUGGGCCUAGCAAUUCAAGUCAAACUCUAAGCAUUUGUGAGAGCUCGAGGAAACAAGUUGGAAAUAGUAGGAGUUCAGAAAAUGGCACUAAAGCCAAAGAAAUCAGAGAACGGAUAAUUGACACUUUGAAAGAAGAUCGAAAGAGGGGAAGUUUAGUCCGAUAUGGAUCUGUGACUUCAGCAGGUUCAGUGGACAAGGGGGACUCUACAAAAAAGCGAAGGGUGGAGCGAUCAAGAAAGAUGGCGGAGGCAAAGGAAAGGAAUUUGACACCAGCAAUUCCAUCAGAUGUGCAAUCUGUCUUGAAGCGGUGUGAAAACCUUGAGAAGGAAGUGCGGUCACUCAAACUCAACUUAUCCUUCAUGAAUAGGUGGACUGGUUUUUUAUGGAUGAGGCAGAUAGUACGGUCAGAGUCUUUGUGUUCGUAUAUCAUGGAAGAUAAAAGCUUGGGGAGAGCAUUUCAGCUGGCUGAUACCUUUGAUUCUUUCUGUUGUUUUUUGAUAAGUAAACAGCUAAUUUAAGAACGAUGUUGAUUCUUUCUGUUCUUAACAUAUGCAUAGGGAGGUGAAGCUAGUGAGCUUUAAGCUGGUCUCCCACCAAGCAGAUUGGUUGAAUAUCUCUUGGUGGAGUCAAGUUGCUAUACGAUGAAACCAGGAAUAAGAUGUGCAGUUCUUUAGUUAAGACCAAUGUUAUACUUCCUAAUUGUCAGACUUUUUAAUGUUAUAUGUUAGAACUAGAGAUUUAAGUAUUUAGAACCACUGUUGGGUAUUCUCCUAAUGAGGGAGGAUUAGAACUAUGAUAGGUUUCUUUAUGAGAUGGAUUAAAAUUCUAUAUCGUAAUAUUUAAGAACUGAAAUUAUCAUCUGCUAAGCAAGAAGAGGUCAUUAGUAAAAUAUAAACUAGGGAAUGAAGAUUCGUGUCUGUAUAUGAAGCUUUAUCCAAAAUUCUUGGGAAUGGAGAUGCAAUGCAUGUGAUGCAGUUCCUUCUCUCCAAUGACCUGCAUGAGCUUCAACUCCUUGUUAUUGAUCUUUAUGCAUAACAAAUAACCUUUCUAUAGUUUGAAGCUUGAAAUUUUUGCACAUACUUCAACACCAAACCUACAGUACACUGCAUUAUUCUCCAAUAUUUAGAAAUGCCAUGUCAAGCAAAGUGUGACUCACUGUCAGGGUGGCGUGGUGGCACUUGAUAGCUUUUGAUUGAAUUGAAGUACAAUCAGAUUUCUUCUCCUGUAUUAUGCUUAGCCAUUACAGGAAUCUCAACUUUCACAUUGGUUGUCAAACAAAUGGCGGAAUUUCUCUAGUUUUAUACUAGUGUACUAUAAA